UAAGGAUCCUGAUGCUAAAGAAACAUCUUGGUACAGGAUUGAAGUCUGUUCCUGGAUUGUCAAUUCAUUAAUGAAGCAUGACUUGCACUGAACAAGACAAGCUGGGUCAAGCGUUUGAAGAUGCUUUUGAGGUACUCAGGCAACAUUCCCCUGGACAUUUCCAGUUCUCCCCAGAUUACAAAAAUUACCUGACUUUCGUCAACCACUGUCCUUACGUCAGAGGAACUGCCAGCUGCUAUGAUGUGGUGCCUGCAGAGGAGCCUCUUCAUGGUUGGAGGACCAUCAUGAACAAUGCUGCGGACUUGUACCUGGAAGGGAAUCUUCACCACGCUCAGCAGCACAUGACAGAAAACCAGCCAGGACAACCUGCUCUCCUCCCACAGAAAGGAGCGAAAGGCAGGAAGAAGCUCCGACUGUUUGAAUACCUGCACGAGUCCCUGUGUAAUCCUGAGAUGGCAUCCUGCAUCCAGUGGGUGGAUAAAAACAAUGGCAUCUUCCAAUUCGUAUCAAAAAACAAAGAGAAACUUGCAGAACUCUGGGGACAAAGAAAAGGUAACCGGAAGACCAUGACUUACCAAAAAAUGGCCAGGGCACUGAGGAAUUAUGGAAGAACUGGGGAAAUUGUCAAAGUCCGGAGGAAGCUAACUUACCAAUUCAGCGAAGCCGUUCUCCAAAGACUCUACUCACAGUACCACCAACCUGAUCAAGAAUGUCUCAGUCUAAAUGCUUGGAAUGCGAAUCACAACUAUACAUAUGUCAAUUAUCAUGAAUUAAGUCACCCAGAUUGCUAAAUGAUCUUCUCUCAUUUCAUGGCAUCUUGGUUGGGAAACUUCUACAUGCUUCAAGAUUUCUCUUGUACGACAGCUGCAGUAGCCACAGAUUCAGCCAGUCGGGACUAACCAACCAUCUGAAAACAACAACCACAUCCAAAAAACUAGUAUCAUAUUGUCAAGGUCUAUUUAACCAUUUGGAGUCCUUCUAGUGAGUAGCAGAGGCGUUUUCUGCCUUUGUCUAUACCUGCAGUGCCCUUGAUGCACUUUAAUAGUAGGAUGUUAAUCUUGUGAAUUACUUAACAACUAUACUAUUGUAAAAUAUCGGGGGAUGGACCCAGUGUGGUAGUCUAGUGAUCAAGGUCCUCUCCUUGCAU